AUGUCUUCUUCCCGCUUCAUUGUCACCGUCACUCCCCCUCCCACGUCACUCAAGGCCGUGACGCAGAUGCAUCCCUCGCCGAACUCGAUCUUCACAGCAGCCACAUCUGCAGCUGCGCGGUUUUUCGCUCCACUCACCUCUCUGCAUACAUGGGCCAAACACUUGAGCCUUGUUGAGCAAAGUCGCAUGCGACGUGGUGGGUUCUUGUUCGCUGCAACGGCGCUGGGCGUGGAUUAG